CAAACGAGUAGGCAACAAAAACCAAUUGACAGUGUCCCUCUUUCGAGCCGUAAAUCUCCAGAUCUACAUUACGUGAAAAUCUGCUUCUCUGUAACGAUCUGUAAAAAUGGCGAAAGGCCGUCAGGGAUUCUAUUUGGAGGGCUGGAAGUUUGCCAUAUACCUGGUGAUUCCCAUCACUGCGAGUUGGUAUUUUAACGAUCCCGAACGGCGGAAGUCAUCGGCGGACUAUUGGAAAUACAUUCAAUAUCCGGCCAAUCCGAACACUAAUAUGAAAGAACAAUUGGAAGAUCUCCGAAAAAAACAAGCGCAGCGACAGGUCUACCGCGACCAAAUGCAGGAGUUGCAGGCACAAGCGGCCCGGUCACGACAAGAGGUUACGGAAGAGCUCGACAGCAACACUAAGCAAAGCUGGUGGAGAUGGGUUCCGUUUUCGGGUCGGAAAGAGUCGUCGCCGAAUCAAGAUUAGAAAUAUUGCGCUUUCUCAGAAACAGUGGUCCAACAAUAUGGAGCUGGAACUGGUCGAUUUGUGUUGUGGAUUAUGUUACUUUGUUGUUAGUGCGUAACAUUCGCCUGUCUAUAUAAAGCAGAAGUGCACUGAUCUUUUCGAGGGCUGAAAACUUUGUCAAGGCCGUGACAUAUCUUAUACAGUCUACUCUUUGAAAGACUGUCAGUC